AUGUCAGUGCCACAAACAAGACCCAAUAGAACUUCCCUUCAACCAGUUAAGAACUCUUAAGAUUUCAAGAAUCAGAUUUAUCAAAUAUUGGCAAAGUUUGGAGACAACUCUACUUUGAAGUACGCUUAGGAUGAGAUGAGAGAAGUAAUGGCUGAGCAUAUUACAGAUUCAGAGAGAAUGAAUACCUUCAUUCAUCUUAUCUCAGAUGUCAAUGAGCAUAUGAAGCCCAUGCAAAAGAAAGAGCAUCUAAGGAUAUUUGGCUAGCUAGGAGAGUUAUUUGGAGAGAAUAUCAUACCUUUCAUGCCUAAAAUCAUUUAGUUUUACCAAAGAAAAUUCAAAGAUAUAGAUCCCUAACUUAGCUAGGCACUCGCUGAUUCCCUUGGAGUGCUCUUUCACUUUAUGCUAAAGAAUCUAGAGGGGAAAGAGGAAAGCAUUGAUCAGCUGAAGAUUAUUCUUAGGGAGUUGCAUUAAAAUAUAAUUGCACCUGGAAAGAAUUAGCAAGUAACAGCAUCGGUUUGCUUGGCAAAAGUUAUACAAAGCUCCCCUGCUAGUUGUAUUAAGAAGUUACUGCCUAAGCUAGCAAAUAGGAUAUUCGAGCAAAUUAACAAUCCUACUACAAAGUGUAGGGCUCAAAUACUUGAGUGUGUGAUUUCAAUAGUUUUAUCAAUAGAGAAGGAAUUUCAUCCCUAUGUCAAGAGUUUUCUUCCAUUUAUUCUUGAGGGGGCAUAAUCGAAGGAUCAAGAAACCAAGAAAAUGGCUAUUGAUGUCAUUUAUACUCUAGCAGCUAUCCUUCCCCCUGCUCUUUCCCCAUUUAAGGAUCAUUUUAUAGAGAUUCUAAAUGAAAGCAGAUUUGAUAAGCAAAAGCCAAUAAGAGAAGCUACAAUUGAAGCCAUUUCAGCUUUAAAGGACUUGCCACCUUAGAAACAAGAAAGAGUCUCAAGGUCGGAUGGUCCUGAUAAAAAGGCCUCAAGAGAGGACCCAACUCCAAGGCCAAGAGAAAUGCCCCAGGAGAAAUUUGAGAUAUAGGUUGAUAAGAAAACCGGUCUUGGUGGGAGAUAAUCACCCACAGGAUAAGGCAAAUAAGUUACAGCAGUCACCUAAAAGAAGCUUAUGAACGCAAGAAUCAUGAAGUCUAAAUCACCAGUUAGAAAAGAACUUUUAUAGCAGCAGUAAAAAGACCAAAAGCAAAAGACCUCUAUUUUCACUGGUCCAGUAAAUAAAGAUUUCUUUGAUAAAGUUGAAAAAAUUGAGAACGGAAUAGAGAUAAAGAUAGCUUAGAAUUAAGAUUCUGAUGAAGAUGAGGACUAAGAUCAAUUGAAUCAAAGAGAAGAACUUAAUGAUAGCAGAAAUAAGGAUGAAUAAGUAUCACCACGAUAGUAUAACUCUACUUCCCCACGUGAUGAGACUUAAGAGGUGCUUGAAACAGAGGUUUAUCCUGUUAAUGAUGAGACUAUGCAGAGCAAAUCAUACCUGAAAAUUGCUGUUUAGAGAGACUCAAGAAGCGGCUCAAGAAAACAGUCCGAAUCAUUUCAAAACAAAAAUCUGAAUGCUCAGUAGUCAUUCAACUUAAAAGAGUCAUCUUAUAAGCAAUCACCAUCAAGAGAUAAAAUAGACAUCACAGGGCUAUACGGUCCAGAAUUUAAUUAGAACUAUGGCAGAAUAUCGAAUAUCUCAAAGUUCUAACCUCCAAAUAUGGGUUAAGCUCCGUAAGAUGGAUACAAUAGACCUCCAAUUCAAUAGAUAAAUAAUUUUGUUUAGAAUUAUGGGUAUUCUUAGCAAUAACCAGGAGAUCAAGAGGAUACCACCGGUAUUGACACUACUUCUUUCAAUAAUAGCUUGAACUAUAUCUUUUAUGAAUUGGAUAAGAUUUCUAAUCAAUAACUAAGAAUGCUAGAAAGUAUGAAUUCAUUCUAAAACUUCACAAGGAAUGAAAUAGAUUAUUUGAAGAGUAAAAUUCAAACUAUAGAGGGUUCAGUUGAUGAAUUAAUGAGAAUAGGCUCGGCCACUCCAGAAGAGUAUGGUAGAUAGACUUUUGGGUCUCCUUAGUCUAUGAGACUUUAAUUCUAGAAUUUUGGAGCAGGCAGUUAUGUACCAAAUACAGCUAGAGACUACUAUUAAAAUGACUUCAAUUAAGGAGGUGGUUAUAACAGCUUUAGAGCCUCUGGCCCACAAGCAAACGGCCAAAAUACAUCUAUAUUUAAUUAAACAAGCCUCCUUAAAGCUUCAAACUAACUUAACAUCUCACGAGAAACCUUUGGCUAAUAGAAUAAUCAGAGUAGAUUGCAAGGGACUAAUAAUGACUGGAAUAAAGUGAGCCAACUAGUCGUCGAUGGAGAUCUAAACGAAGCCUAUAGUUAAGUACUAAUGAGGAAUAAAGAUGAGAUGCUGUUGAUAAAACUUAUGGGCAAGAGUGGAAUUUGUGUUGAUUAACUGUCUAAGAAUGUUUUAGAUUUCCUAGUUUAAAAGAUAACAGACAUGAUCCAGAAAAGAGACUUCUUGAAUGUUUUGAUUACUUGGGUUCAUGACAUCUCUAAGAGACUAAUAGACGAUUAAUACGCAAUAAAUUACAAUACUAGUGUCAGCUUCGUAGAGGCUCUCAAAAGAUUAAGUGAAGAUUUCAGCAAUAGUAUCCCAUAGUCAGUAAGGUAACAAUCAAAACAAGCAUUUGAAGCACUUUCAAUAUCAUUCAAAUUUUUCUGA